CAUGUAGUCGCUGUUUAGUGCUAGUUGCUAUAUCGAUAAUUCCUUUCUGGCUUUUUUUUUCUCUUCCCUUUUCUGUUUGUCAUCACUCUAUUUCAAGCCUCACAUUUCUUCAACACAACAAAUGGCUGCAACUAUCCCCGUCCGGCCCGACCGUAUCUCAGCCGGUUCAUCUUNCCCUAGACCACCACCGGUUCGUCGACUCGGAAAACCUAUCCUAACUGAACCCUGGCGCACCUCGCCGUUACAAACACGGUGGACACACGCGUCAACGAGGAGCGUGGGACCGGUUCAGGCGAGUUCGCGUGCGGAUGACUCGGUGCCGUUUGAGAUGUCGGUGGAAAACGCACUGAAGCUGUUAGGUGUAUCGGAAGGAGAUUCGUUCGACGAUAUACUACGCGCCAAGAACUCCAUCGUCGCUUCCUGUAAGGAUGACCAGGAAACCAUUGCACAGGUCGAGGCUGCAUAUGACAUGUUACUUAUGCAGAGCCUAACUCAGCGGCGGGCAGGAAAAGUAGUGAGCAGCAGUGUCCGUUAUGCUGAUGUAAAGCGUGUCCAGUCCCAGGUUGUGGGAUCAAUGCCUCAAUGGAUGCAAUCCUCCAUGAAGAAUGCACCAGUUUCAAUUGAGUCACCUUCCACCAGUGAUUUUGGUAUACAAGCUGGAGUAUAUGGUGCACUGAUGGGUUUAACCUAUAUUAGUGGUUCUUCUAUGCCCUCUGCAGGUUAUGCCGGGGCUGAUGUUCCAGGACUUCUCUUGGCUGGUAGCUUUGGAGCUUCCCUGUACUUCAUGACCAAAAGGAAUGUUAAGUUAGGGAAGGCAACUAUUAUAACCAUAGGAGGGCUCAUAGCUGGCGCCGUUGUAGGGUCAGCUGUAGAGAACUGGUUGCAGGUAGAUAUUGUCCCAUUUCUGGGCAUACACUCCCCUGCUGCUGUUGUUAGUGAAGUCAUAAUUAUCUCUCAAUUCUUGGUUUCUCUGUACCUAAGGUAGACGGGAAAAAUGGUGAUCUUAUAUUAAAAUGUGAAAUUUGUAACUAUUCAUUUGCAUGGUCAUGUCCAAGGGUUGACAGAGAAGGCUACUGUUCUAACCGUAUAGCUCGCCCUGUGGCAGCGUCAGCGGUAGUGAACUCUGGUUGCAGUUGAAGAAAUUGUCCCAUUUCUGGACAUACCUUCCCUGCUGCUCUCUUGUCAUUGAAAUCAUAAAUAUCUCUCUAUUCUUGGUUUCUCUGUACUUAAGGUAGACAGGAAAACAUGGCAAUCUUGUAUGUAUCAAAAGCUGAAACUUGUAAUUUUUCAUUUCCACGCAACAUGAUCAUACCCCGAGCAUUUUUAGGAUGUAAAAUCAGUGCAUAUUGUACAAAAAUUGAAUAAAACGUAGUUGUUUAUCUGUCAAA